AUGCUCUCCAAGUCUCGAACCACCCUCUCCUCCUAUCUCCACAGCUACGUGAGAGUAUCCCACACGAACCCAGAACUCCACCUCCACAUCAAACCCAUUUCCAGCCUCAAAGUCGCGUGGCGCAAAGACCCGAAGCUAGACCAGGCCAUAGAGCACGACAAGCCGUACAAGCUCUGCGCCCGCGUCGUCAAGGAGGUCCUAAACGAGCCCGGCCAGAAAAUCCCGCUCCGCUACCUCGAAAAACGCCGCGAAAGACUGCGCCUCAGAACCAAAGCAACAACCUUCAUCGCCCAAAACCCAGGUUUGUUUGAGGUUUAUUACGAUAGAAUCAAACCCAAGACAGAAAAGGUUCAGUUUAUUAGGGUUGGUGAUAAACUUAGGGAGUUUCUUGAUGAAGAGAAGAGGAUUUGUGUGGAGAAUGAGGGUUUGAUUGUGGCUAAGUUGUGUAAAUUGUUGAUGAUUGCGAAGAAUAAGGUGGUUAGUGCUGAGAAAUUGGUUGAUGUGAAGAGGGAAUUCGGGUUUCCUAAUGAUUUUAUGGUGACAUUGGUGCCGAAAUAUCCGGAGUAUUUCCGGGUAGUUGGGGGUUCCGGUCAGGGGAAAUCAUUCUUGGAGUUGGUUGAUUGGAACCCGGAGUUUGCAAAAUCGGUUAUUGAGAGGAGAGCAGAGGAGGAGUCAAGCUUGACAGGGAUCCGGGUCCGGCCUAACUUUUAUUACAAGCUUCCACAGGGGUGUGUGUUGAAGAAGGAAAUGAGGGAGUGGGUUAGGGAUUGGAUGGAGUUGGAGCAUAUAUCGCCGUAUGAGGAUGUGUCGAAGUUGGAUCAAGCGUCACCGGAGAUGGAGAAGAGGACGGUUGGGGUUUUCCAUGAGUUGUUGUCUUUGUCUUUGUUGAAGAGGAUGCCUGUGCCCAUAUUGGGGAAAUUCUGUGAUGAGUAUAGGUUUUCAAAUGCGUUUCCGAAUGUAUUUACAAGGCAUUCGGGGUUGUUCUAUGUGUCGCAGAAAGGAGGGAUCAAGACGGCUGUGCUGAGGGAAGCUUACAAGGAUGACCAGUUGAUUGAUCGGGAUCCGCUGCUACAGAUUAAGGAUAAGUUUGUUGAGCUGUUGGAGGAGGGAUGGCGGGAGAGUGCAGAGCAGUUGCGGUUGCAACGGGAAGAAGUUAAGGAAAUGGCUGUCUUAUUACUGUCAAGUAAAGCAAACUUCCCUCUAAACUUCUGUAUAAACUCUCAUCAGCUUUACCACUUCCAUCUUCUUUUGAAAAUUUUUCAUUGA